UGUUUUUCUUUUCAUUUCCCAAAUAUAUUUUCUUCGAAGAAGUCAACACUAAAAAGAAAGUCGUUUUCAUUUGAUUCUCUUAUCAAAUAAUUUUCAGCAAUCCAGAAUUACAUACGAAUAAUGUUCCAUUGCAGUUGGACACGUCGAUGUCGAAGAUGUCAUUGUAAUUAAGUAAUUAUUUGGUGUCUUUACUGCUUUGCUGGAAAAAGUAGGUUGUGUGGAAUUAGAAUUUGGUUUUGUGUGAGAUGGUGGUGGCCGUGUUGACAGAAUUCCUCCUACAUGUAGCAGUCGACUUGAUUUAAGAGUGACACGCAUUGAUUAUGGAUCAGCAAGAUAAUAACAUGAGCGGAUUUAAAGAAAACAACAUUUAUAAGAACCUCUGGAAGCUGCUGGUGUCUCCCAAAGUGUUGACUGGAGUCUUGCAUUCUCAGAACAGGAAUGCUUCAGACUGGGGUUGGCAAGGCUUCUUGGCACAUGCCUGCCACAGUUUUAUAACCAUUAUUGAUCCCCGCACUGUGCAAGUUUUUCAAGUCUUAGAAAAACACAAGAGUAACGUGGUCAAGGUUAAAUGGGCCCGACAGAACUAUCACCAUGACACUGCCAGCCCAUAUACUCUCCAACUCGCUUCUGCUGAUGCAUCAGGUACAAUCAUGCUGUGGGAUGUUGUCACUGGUGAAGUUAAAUCAGAGUUUUCAGAUGGUAACAAGACAAUCCAAGAUAUGGAGUGGCUAUCAUGUCAGGACACAAACCAUAGUUACUUAGUGGCUCUACACCCUCCUUAUUCUUUGGUGUUGUGGAAUGCAGAGACUGGAAAUAAAAUUUGGAAGAAAUCGUACACAGAAUCGCUUGUCUCAUUUGUGUUUGAUCCAUUUGAAACGAAGAACAUUACUUUUCUGGGUCAGGAUUGUAUCAUAUUUGUGGAUGACUUCUCUGUGAAUAAACUCCCAUCUAGUAAUGGGAAGAAGUUUUACAUUUCCAGUCCUUCGGCACAAGGUUCAAAUCGAUCAUCAAAUUCUGAAUCUUUGGAUAAAAAGUCAUCCCGAAAUCUUGCAAAAAGGGUCUCUAGAGUCCUUGUUGGUGAGAGCAAAUUAAAGUCAAAUUUAAACGAUGAAGAACCUUUCACUUUAAAUGAAUGUCUGCAGUUAGCUUACCAUAAUUGUUGUCGGCAUCACUUAAUACUCGUUUAUCCUCGAGAAGUUCUCAUACUUGAUCUGAAAAUAAACCAAACUGUCGGUAUUAUACCCAUGGAGAGGACUGGCUCACCUUUUAUGCAGGUGUUGUCGUGUCGACAGAGGGAUGUACUAAUGUGUCUUCAUGAGAAUGGAAGCAUCACCGUACGUGUGCGCCGCAAAACAAACAUAAUCAGUACUCCAGCAUCUGAGGGAACUGGCGCAUUCGAUGAUGGCUUGUUGAAUCCAGCUUUGGAUAUUUCCUAUGACCUACGAUGCCAAUCAGAUCCGUUACGAAUAACUCGACAUAGUAAAGUGUUUGGAGUCUCGCUAUGUGCUGUAUCAGAAAGGUUACUAGCUCUGGUAAUGAGUGAUAGCAGAGUGCUUUUUAUUGAGUUAAAAGCUACUGAAUAUAAGGUUGGUUAUAAUUAUCCAAUACAGCUGACUUCUCCUUUGUACACACCUGGCUAUUCUUUGGACCCUCUAGUCAGUUUUACCAACACUGUCUACUGCGAUGGAACAAACCAGUUCCCGAUAACCAGCGAUAUCCCAUAUCCUCGCAAUACACUCUAUGACUUGAUAGGUCAGCCUCAGUUGAGUGCUGGUGGAAUGUAUGAGUCCAGUUCUCCGUAUCGUGUGUCAAACCAUGGCGUUGCACUCAAGUUUAUGUUAACAGGACUCCUUAGUGGCGUUGCUUCCCCGGUGUCUGUGAUUAGGAUGUCACCACCACUAACCCAGAAAAAUGCUUCCAUGUACAAACCCCUUCUGGCAGUUGGUAACAAUUCAGGAUCUAUACAGAUUUUUAACCUAUGUAGUGGGCAACUGGACAAAGAAUUUUGUGUUCACUCAACCAUUGUCAGAGGGAUUGAAUGGGCUGGUCUACAUUUCUUCAUAUCAUUUGCAUAUCCUGACCCUAGUGCUUCAGGACUUGUAAAGAAUGAAAUUCUGUUGGUUGACAUCAUUUCAGGGAAUGAAACCCCAAUCCGAAUUCAACGUGAUGAAGAAUCCCCUAUCCAUGCAUUACGUGUGUCACCAAUGAGAUCCUGGUUUCAGAUUUGUUGCAUGGCAUCAUCAGACUAUAUUUUGUGGAAAAUUAUGAUAAGAAUGAAAGAGACACAAGAAUGGUUUCCCGCCUCUAACAUUCGGACAUUGAAGAGGAAACUCAAUACUGAAUCUAAAGACUCUGAUAGUUCUGUAAACAUCAACACCGAAAGCCUUUCUUCCUCAUCAUUGUCUAAUUUAGAUAAUUCCUCAAAUGAGAACAAGCCAAGCGGUAAAGUAACUGGUAAGGAACAUUUGGUAUUUACAGACCAAGAAAGCACCUUGUACCAUUUUGUUAUUGAAGGAAGCACCAUCACAGAUGUCUCUAAACUUCCUGUGGAGAGUGGACUUAGUAUCAUUACUUCAUUAGCCUGGAAAAACGAUCAUUUGGCUUUUGGUGAUGUUGAUGGUGUCUUAUCAAUCUGGGACCUCAAAGGAAGAAUAUCAAGAACCAUAUCCACCCACAGAUCAGCAAUUAAAAAGAUACGCUUUGGACCAGGGAAAGCAAAUUUGAAAUUCUUCCUCAAGUAUAAUGAUGGCUUAGAUAUAUACGAGAUAAAAAGUCAAAAGGAAGAACUGAUCGUUUCUUAUAAGUGUUCCAAAGAUGUUCCCAAAAUCAUUGAUGCUGAAUGGGGUCAGUCUGACAAGCCAGUUGUCUUGAUGUCUGAUGGCUAUAUCAGAGUGUUUGAUCUUACUAUGAAGAAGGCCUCCUCUCACAUGAUGGACUGGGAUUUAGAAGAGAAAAUAUUUUGCCCUUCCUUCCUACCUUCUCCUGGAUCUUUAUUGAUGAAAACAUUUCUACAACAUCAACCGUGGAAUGAAAAAUAUACGUUUGAGCUGUCUGGUAUGAGGGAUGAGGAGCAAGAAAUUCAGACUGCUGUCAAUAAACAACUAAAACUUAUUAACAGUGACUUGAUGACUUACCUUCCUUCUUCAAAGUUCGGUGUAGCUCAACGUUGUCUUUUCGUUGCCAAGUUAUUUGGUGAUGAAGCUGAACUUCACUUUUGGACCGUUGCACUCCACUAUAUUAGAUCUGAGAAAAUAUCUCCCAUGAGUAAGAAUGUUAGCCGCAGCAUAUCCGAGGGAAUGAUCGGAGAUCUAUUUGUUCCCUUGGGUCCUAACAACAAAGAGGUCCAUGACUUGGUAGUCUUUGAUAAUCCAAAACAAAACAACAAUAACAUUUUGAUUCAGCAAUUCAGGGAUGAACCCUUGGAGAAAUGCUAUGAUGUCCUCCAAGACAGCGCUACGUUUCAGAAAUACCAACUUGAUCGAAUUGCCCUGCAUGAUAGCAAGAGGGCCACAUAUGAAAAUACCAAAAAAUGUGCUGAGAACUACAUGCUGUUGGGACAGACUGACCGUGCUGUCCAGUUGCUAUUGGAAACUGAAGCUGAUAAUGAUAACUAUUAUGUGGAUAGUCUAAGAGCAUGUCUUGUUGCCAGCAUCCGGUCAUCAGGAGCCAGUCAAAGUACCAUCAAACUGGUGGCUACUAAUUUGAUUGCUAAUGGAAAACUAUCAGAGGGAAUCCAACUGCUGUGUUUAAUAGACAAAGGUCUUGAUGCCUGCCGUUAUUUGCAGACCUAUGGUCACUGGGAUGAAGCAGUGUGGUUAGCCAAGGCAACCCUCAACUAUUGUGAAUACAGUGAAGUUGUGAAGAGAUGGGCUGACCAUUUAUCUCAGCAGGGCCAAAAAAGCAGAGCAAUCCUUGCUAUGCUGUCGCUUGGCCAGUUCCUCCGUGUCUCUGAAAUGUUGUAUGGCAUGAGAUACUUUGACAGGGCAGCCAGGUUUAUAGAGGCAUGUAUGGAAUUUGGUGUCAUUGAGAAAUCAGAAGAGAAUGCACCAUUGAUUGAAGCUAUAUUCCUUGCAUUUAGCCGGUAUCUUAUAAACAUCGGUAUGAAACAAGCGGCUCUUUAUUAUGGUCAAAUGGCUGGAGAAAAAGGAGAACUACUGCUGAAAGAAGUGAACAUAUUAUUCAGUUAAAGGGUACAGUUGGGUAGGAACAAUGCAAAGUAAGACUUGGCAGAAAUUACAGAGAUUCUUCUGGUCUUACUGAACGAUGCAGGUCCCUGGAAAAGUAAAAGUUAAACCAUCAGAGUUUCCAUUGGAUUUUUAGCCAAAAAUAUGCAAAACCAUUUCUAUUAUAUUUAGCUAUCAAAGUUUAAUAGUAAUUAAAAUUUUAUAAAUAACCCUUACUUGUUUCCCUGACUCAAAUGAAUGAAAAAAAAUAAUAAUUAAAUAAAUUUUUAGAGAAUGAAAGGAAAACAAGGGGUUAAGUAAUCCCAAGAUAAAAAAAAGAUGUGGUUGAGGGACACAGAAAACAUUCUAGACUUAAAUGUUAAUUUUUAUUGUGCCGCUGGUUAAUAAGUUUAUUAUAAUUAUAAAGUAUUUUAGCAUCAUGCUCAAAAUGCAAUUUGUUCAGUUAUAUCUAAACCUGUGAUCUUCUGUUAUAUAAUAAAAUAUUUUGUACAGUCA